AUGAUAUUUGGUGAUAAGAUGUGCAAUGGAUCAGCAAUGGGGCAGAGAUCGCUCAUUGAGCCACUCUCCUUCAACACUCUCCAUUUCCUGCGCACCUACAAUCGUAUCUUUGCCCCCGCUGACCUCCCACAGUGCUACAAUUUCACCGUGCUCAAGGAUAUUUGUCCCGAAAGAAGGAUAGCAUCUCUCCCGCUGACCAUUUACCCGGGAAUUGCUGCCUCAGCUGCAAAGGAUGUCUCUCUGGGUGUUCCCCCAAUUAUUCUUGCAUCCACAACAUCCAAGUGCCCCAUGCCAUCUCCCGUUGAUACACAGUGCCUGUACGAAGCAUCCUCCUCCAGUGCUGAUUCAAAUCUCCCCCAUGGACUCUGUAGGCGGCAACGAGGUGAAAAACGACCUAUUCCGGAUGAGCAGAAGGAUGAAAAGUACUACGAACGCCGAAAGAGAAACAACGAAGCCGCCAAAAAAUCACGAGAUGCUCGGAAAUUGCGAGAAGAUCGUAUUGCAUUCAGAGCUGCGAUUCUGGAACAGGAAAAUGCUAUCCUUCGUGCACAGAAUUUAGCUCUACGCGAAGAAAUUGCAACUCUACGACAAAUUGUGUGCCCUAGCAGUGGAACUCAGGCUCAAAUAACUACAAUUUCUGCCUAAAUUAAUUAUUCUCUUCU